AUCAACGAAUGUACAGAAGGAUCUCAUGGUUGCCAUCGUGACGCCACUUGUCAGAAUACUGCAGGCUCGUAUAGGUGUACAUGCAAUUCAGAAUACAUUGGUGACGGACUGAAUUGCGAGCCUAAAGGUGGGUAGGACUGUUAUAAAUAUGCCAAGAGUCUAGCAUCAAGAGCUCACGAUCACCGCUUUAAUAGGUUUUUAUCUUACUACUGUAGUGCCCUUUUGAGCAUCUUUCAGUGUCGUUUUUGCCUUCAUCAUGACUUAACAUUGUUGUUUUGGAAAAAAUCUGGGCGAUAACCUCUGAGUAUGAAUGCCGGCUAGUUAUUGACUGCGUUGGCACAAGGGUUACAGGCAAGCUUCAUAUACGAUCAUCUAUUAUUCUAAGCUGUUUGUCUGUCAUUUUUAUACCCAGAAUGUAGCAACUACAAGGCUUUAAAUUCUAAGCGAAGACACAAAUUUUAUAAGUCAAGUUCACCAUAUAAAUGCGACGAUAAACUGAAUACGAUGUGGUACCGUUUUACUGGAGAUGCAGGUACAAAAAUGCCCACUUCUUGUGUCAAUUUCAAAAAAUGUGGCGGAAAGAGACCAGGUUGGUUGAGUGGUGGUCAUCCCAAAAAAGUUGACGGCAGAGUGUCUAGGACGGUUUAUUUCCGCUCGUCCAAUGGUAACUGUAAAGUUAGAUCGAAGACUAUUCAAGUUAGAAACUGCGGUUCUUAUUAUGUCUACUACUUAAGCGCUGUAGGCUCUGGUUCAAACUGCCAUCGUUUCUGUGGCACUGGAUAAAUCACUUUUGCAUUCUGGGUAACUUGCGGAACCAAGGCAUCCUGGAUAAUUGGACCAGGCUGUCUUAGGUAUCUACAAUUUGGGACUUCUCUCAUGAGCUUGAGGUUGGAUACUUGUACUCGUGUCUAUAGCCUAGCUACGGUUUGCCAUUGUAUUUAAUCAAAAAUAUUUUACAACACUCGAGCCAAAAUCGUGCGAACACUUUUGCUUAAGGUUCUAAAUAUAGUGAUAGCUUUUACAGCUAACGGUUAGAAUUUCGGCCAUUAUACGGCUAGCAGCUGCUAUCAUUCCAUCAUGUUGUCACCAGGAAUGGAUCCACAGAUACGCAUGAUAGACUAAAAUCAAACGGGUCAUUGUCAUUUUUGAAUGAACACGAAACUUGACACAAAACAUUUCUUUGUGCACAGAACAUGAACGUCUAAAAAGACAAAAGUCCCGGUUCUCGCGCCCAAAGAAAAAAUCUCUAGCCGUGUCCAUCUUUGAACUUGACUUCUUAGUAAAACUCGGAAAAUAUAAUUUUUGUUGGUUAGAACUAGUUAGGUUAACUUUUCUUAUUUGUCAAUGAAAGUUGUGUGGUUUGUUUUUUUGUCUGUGUUAAAGUUUCUCGUUUUUUCUGAUUAAGUGGUUUAUCUGUGUUUUCGUUUAUUUACUCAUUUAUUAAUUUCACUGUGUCAAGCAUUAUUUCCCUUAGUACUGUACGUAAAGUUAGUUUUGGACGAAUAAUAUGAUGCUUUUGAAUUGUCCAGGCGACCUGUGGGUAAUGUUUUGCUCAUUAUGUACUAACAAAUAUUUCAUCAAUAUGUAAUAUGUAAAUAUAUCAUCACUAUGUACUGUAAGUGAAGUAUAGAGCGCUUUUCAGUUGAGUGUCGUAAGACCAAAACCAAAGGUAUCACAACAGCCAAUCAGAAUAAGGGAAAUAUCACAAGGAGCCAAUCAGAACUCGAAGUAAAAACGAACAAACUACUUGAAGCGUAGAAAAACGUGGGUGGCCAAGGCGCGACUGCUUUGAGGUUUGAAUUUGAUUUUUUGAGAGAGUGAUGCGAGUUUUCAAGACCAAUCACAGAGUGAAGUAAAGCAAAUCUAAAGCAAUCCCAGAUUCCUUUCGAUACAUAGUGUAAAAUGACUCUGUAUUUAAAAAGGUACCAACGACAAUGAAAAUACCAUCAUUGUAAGCAAGAAUAGUUAUCAGUCAGCAUUGUUAGUGUCGUGAGUAAUGUAUUGCGACUAAUGGUAGAAUACUAAUAAAUAUUGUAGCAAAUGCAAGUGCUGUUAGUAAUGUAGAUAAGUGAGUAAGUUUAAGUAACUCAAAAAAAAUACACACUCUGUCAAUCUCUCCGUCUCGUGCUUAUUAGGUUGUGUUUGUUUUCCCCCUCGUGAACAUUUCAAGGUCCACAGCAACGCUUCUUUAGAUCAGAUCACUGAGGCCUGAAGUCCAAAUUGUCGGCCUAAUUUGAGAAAUGAUGAGCAACGCUUAAGCACUAUUGUCAUUCAAUGAGAUGUAAAUAAGAGGCCCUGUGUUCCCUAGUUUUGCCUUAAAUUCUUCUUUUCAGAUUUUUGUUGGUUUAUGCCUGUUUUUCCACAAUGCCCAGAAAUUUAUUGACAUUUCUGAAAUAAAAUAUGAACUAAAUUUUCCUUGCAUUCUAAAUGUAUGGCCAAUUCAGUAAUUGUUUAAGCAGCUUUAAAGCGUUAUCCCCACACAUGCUUUUCAAACAAAAAACCGUUCUAUUGAGAUAUUUUAACCACCGCCACUUAUCGGCGAAGGAAAGCAAACCUUGCUUGUCUCCUCCAGAAACGGUUUUAAAUAUCACUUUUUAUACAUCAUGGUACUUCUUAAUUAUUAAUGUUUGGAUGAGCUUUUGAUUAAUUUCAAUACUCCGACCUCGUGUCGCCUUUGAUAACUAAUUUCUAUAUUCGCUUGUUAUCAGCAAAUAUCUGAAAGAAAAAAAAUUAUUGACAAUUCAUCCGAGAGUCUAACUCACCCACCCACUCUCCCACACUCCCUCCCCCGAGGCACAGGGGCAAUGAUGCUAAAAAAAACCGUUCGCCGUCUCUCACAGUUUUUAUCUUCAUCACAUUAAGGAAAAAAGCUGAAGAUUAACUAGGAAUGAUGUUUUACAAUAAAAUAAAUUUCAAAUUGCAACUUUUAGUUUCAAAUUUUUGAUAAUAGUUGAAUAUUUAUGCAGCUAUCAACGACCCACAUUUAAUAUUAAUGGCACCAAUUAAUACAUUGUAUUUGUCAUGACCAUUGUCUCAAAUCCUACCGUCCUACGAUGACAGCAGCGGGGCUAGUGAGGUGAAUUGGAAUAUUGGUGAAUACUGAAAUUAUCGCAUAACCUUCAAGGCUGGAAGCUGUUUGGUGAUACUCCUCAUGGGUUAGGUAAGCGCACAUUGUUUUGCAUUUUCGUUGGAUGUCACCUCAAUUUUUGACGGCAAUUGGGUAAGUGCAGCUGUAGAAAGAUAUUUAGACGAAUCAGCCAAAAAGAGAGAAAAUAUGGAAGCUGCUAAACUUCGUUAGAAGUUGUAUAAAAGGCGGGAAAACAGCAUUACAGCUCACUUUAAAUUUUUGCAAUUUCUUGCCGAUAGCCGAGAGGCUGACUUCUAACAUGAAAAUAAAAUUUAAUGAACUGGAUGAAUAGACUAAGAGCAGUCCUCCCUAUACACAUAACUUCACCACUCGAGUUGCUUGAAAAUGUGUAGAGUUUCAUAAUAUUUUCCCACUUGCACUAAAAAUCAUGUUUGGAAAAGGGGACUUCUUUGAAUCUAUCAGACAUUUUGCUUUUACAGAAGAAAAGGAAAUUUUAAUUUUAACUUCAAACUGAGAAAAAAUUAUUUUUUUGAUGAUAAUGAGGAUUCUGAUCUUUUUCCAGCUACCGAAAAAACUGAAGUUUCACUAAUUAUCGUGUAAACUUGGGCUGUUAAGUCUCUUUGUGAUGGAAACAGCUCUAAAGAUUUGUAACACCUGACAAGCUUCUGAUAUGAACAUCCGCAAGAAAAUUUUUAUCUGUCCCAAUACUAAGCUUCAAAAAGUAAUUGUGAAUUCUGACAUGGAAAUAAAAUUUAAUCUUAUGAUUUAUCACGUUAACAGCAACUCCAGAAGACCAACAGGAGAACAAGUGCAUCAGUUCUUUCAAUUCAAUUCGCAUUAAUAGCAGGUCAAAUUUCACCAUUCUAUUGCAACAAUGAAACCAUUUAUCGCCUUAGCAUCUACCUUUUUCAGAGUAGGUAGUCCAUCAAUUGUCGGCGUUUCGUCAUCAUGAAUGAAAAAAAAUAACGAGGGAAUAGAAAUCCUUCCUCGUGAUCACUAGAUUAGUUAACAUUCAGAAUUUUCCUGGGCAAAAAAUUUCUAAUUUCAUUUUUGUCCCGAUUAGAAAUCGUGUCGACAACCAAUGGCUCGGCUUCAUCUCACUUUCUACAUCAAUGUAUUUUUUCUGGUGUCUCAUGUUCUCCACUACAUCACCUGCCAACAGUGUGAGACCGACCAUUACUCUAUUUAUCAAAGGAUGCUUCAAGGUUACACCUUUAAGGCGUUGAAGAUGCAAUCAGGUUCCCUGGAAUGUAGACAAGCGUGCCUCGCUGAUAUCAGAUGUCAAAGCUAUAACGUCGUGUUCAAAGGGAUAUGUGAGUUAAAUAACAGAACUAAGGAGGCCAGACCAGAGAAUUUUGUUAAAGACCUGGGCAGGUACUACAAACAGAGAGAUUUUAAAAGAGGUAAAAACCAAAACGAAUUGAAGCAUUUCUUUGAAGCUGAUGUCAAAGCUGAUGUCCCAUUCAUUAAAGUCUGGAUAUUAUUUCGAUUGUAAAUAGAAUUAAAGAAAUGAUAAGUUAUGAGCUCGGUAAAGAAAUGGAGAAAGAUGCUUGUCACGAGCGUGAGAAGAAGAAAAAAUUCUGACGUAAUAGACCUCGCUCUCUGUCGGCUAAGCGGUAGAGCAUCGGAGCGCGGAAUUCGAAGGUCUUAGGAUCGAUUCCUGAUGGGGACUCAGAAUUUUUUGUAUGUCCCACGCUCGUGACAAGACGAAAAACAUCUUUCUCCAUUUUGAUUGUUCCAGUUGUCACAAGUAGUUAGUAAGAAUCGUGUCUUUUUGGUUAUUCAGGGUCUUUGCCGUGUAAAAAAGUUUAAAAAAAUGUAAAAUUUUCGGUAAAACUAGUUACCUGGUCAAACAAUAAGAGACGAUAAAUCUCUCCCACAGGUAACUCCGUUUUCAGACAACAAAAUCUGUCGCUGUGACAAAAAACUGAAAAGUAUCGGUUCUCUUGGGGAAGAUUAGGAAGGACGUAUUGUUACCUCGGAUGAGUUGCGCCUGAAAAACUAGGAUGCGUUUUCUGUUAAAACUCAUGGGCAUAGAGAACGACGAUCUGGCUUCCAAGGCCCUCGUUGCUAAUUUCCAGCGGAACAGUUGCUCGAGGCUUAGAUCAAAUUCAACAUUUAAUUUUGACAAAUAAUUUGCAAGCAAAACAAAUGAUAUAAGGAAAACACCAACCGAGACACGAGUGAUUAUGAUUCGAACCAAAACCUCGUGAUGGCUGAUGACCAAAAAGGAUCAUGAAGCUUACCUUAACAACACCGAAAGACCUUUUCAUUUGUAAAUUACCCGCAAGAAAACAAAUCGAAAACAACUCGUUUAUUUAACCAGUCUAUCUCGAUUUGCCCCAGCUCCUCUCGGAUCCAUUCGUGAGCUGCCAGCUAUAUCAUGCAAAGAAAUCAAGGCGAGCGAGGGAGGACAAGCGGUCAGUGGUUAUUAUUGGUUGGAUUUAAUCAGAUCUGGAGACUCUGUUUUAACUUACUGUGACAUGGUAAAAGAAGGUGAGAAAGAAAUUAGACCACCUGGGUUCUCGCUCACAUUUUUUUUUCAUCAACAUUAUAUUCUGUUGUUUUCGCUUACCGUAGUUUACACUUUGCGCAGGAGUCCUGCUUUGUGAUAUUUUCCUCCCAAUUUUCUUAUUUUAGAAUUUUUUUUGUACAAAUUUCAUCGCUGAUAUAUCUUAUUCACGUUUUAAUUUUUGCAAGGUCAACUUCGGUUAUGUUUCAAGUUCUCCCGUUUUUUCGUCCAUAUCGAGUUCAAUUGCUGAAGCUUUUGUAAAUGCCUUUACUUUUUCUAUUCUUUUUCCUUUUGUAUUAUAUCGUUUCUGUUAUCUUUCAAUUUGAGUCGCUCGGUAACUCGUCAUUAAAAGUUUUUUUUUGUUUGUUUUUUUUUUUUAAGGAAGGCCAAAAUCAAAGCUAUAUCGUUUGAAACAGUACAUUUAUCGAGUUGAAACAAAUUACAGCUUUUCGCUUUAAAACUUCAUUUUCCUAUUUAUACCCGACAAGCAUUAACAGAAACAAGACUGAAGCUCUGUGGGAUUCUUAUCAUGCGCUAUAUCUUUUGAAAAAGUUGCAGACCAAUGCUUCAAACAUCUGUGUCAGAACAACGCAACCUGUAUAGAAGGUCACGUGAAUUACACGUGUGCAUGUGAUUCAUCGGGAUGGAGUGGAACCUACUGUGAAAAAGGUAGAAUCUGAUGGCGUAUUGCUAAAUCUUGACACUGUUAUCAAUUACAUACACCACUGUUUUUCUUCCCUUCAUUGUCUUAAUAGACGUCGACGAAUGCGUAGACAACCCCACUGUCUGCCAUAUUAACGCCGUUUGCCUAAAUACUGAAGGAUCCUAUAUCUGCAGUUGUAAACCAGGAUUUCAAGGAGACGGGAAAAACAAUUGCAAAGGUGAGAGAACCUUCGUAAAUAUGAGAUCUGUAAAAUGAAAAUUUAUUUUUUUCCUUUGACAUAGAGUCUUCAGUGGAAAAGAAUCUUAUUUAUCCAAAUUGGCAGCUCGUGGGAUGCUUUUAAUCGUAGUAAUUGUGUUAAUCGUACCGUUAAUCGUAAAUAAACUUAAUCGUUAAAAUUUUCCUGACAAACAUUGAGGACAAAAUUUUAAUCGUUAGCCGUAAAAUUAAAGUCAUCAUCAGGUGUAUAAAUGUGUGCCGGAGAGUUAACGUUGUUAUGGAAGUCCAACCAAAUACUUAUGGAUAACUUUUUUAAAUUAGCAAUACUUCUAGUCGCCUCUUCCUGCAGCAACCGCAAGGAGCUCCAGCUGAAUGGUCCUCUAGGCUCGUGUGCACGCUUUACCUUGUCUAGGUCUAGCAGCACUGAUUUAAAAUGACUUUUCUGCUUCUUGGUUUAUUUUUGUUUUGUUGUAAGAGGCUAUCAUCUCUAUCUGUAAUCAUAAGAGUUGUUACUAUGUGAGUUGCAGUAAUAUUUGGGAAUUUAUCCCUGUUAUUCAAGAAAUCAACGAGUGCGCAGACGGAUCUCACAAUUGCCAUAGAGACGCCACUUGCCAGAAUACUGUAGGCGGUUAUAAGUGCACCUGUAGGUCAGAAUACAUUGGCAAUGGACUGACCUGCAAGCCUAGAGGUGGGUAUCGAUAGCUGCAAUAAUAACAACAACAACAGCAACAAAUAUGUUUAUUUUUACUCUUUCCUGUCCUGCCUACGCUUAAUUACAAAACCGAUGAAAUUUAAAUCAGAGUGUUGGCUGCCAGGAAUAACCAUAGGGGCUAGCGAAAGAGUAGUAUCGAGAGAAUGCCGAAUAUCUCUCACCAACAGCUCACAACAAGCUCGUGUAACUUUAUAUAGUGGAACCUCGAUUCAACGAAGUGCCAAGGGACUGGGAAACUGAUUCGUUAUAUCGAGGCUUCGUUAUAUCGAGGUUCUUUCCAAUACAUUUUACUGCAACUUUAGCAGGGCUAAAGAGUAUCGUUCGUUAUUCCGAGGACUUCGUUAUAUAGAGGUUCGUGAAAGCGAGGUUCCACUGUAUAUUACUAUUUAUAUAUUGUUAUGAAUUUGUCUCCCUCCUAACAUAACUCGGUUGGUGGCAUUCGAUUCGAUGGUUUCUUAGGUUUGAAUCUAGUCGAAGCUUGUUUUUUAUUAGAAUUCUUUUUAGCUAUUGUCAAAAUUGCAGACCAUUUGUGAGGAUCAUUUCUUUGCUCGAGUUUCAUAUGCAGGUCAAUUGAAAUUUUCCUAUACAUCAUUCGAGCUCUUGUCCAGCGAUGCUUGUUUAAGAAAUCUUCGCUUGCGCUGGAGAACAGUGUGGAAAAUGCAAAUUUUAAAAUAUUAGAUUAUCUUGUUCCAAAUUGUUUGCCUGUUUUUUUUCUUGUUCAGAAUGUAUAAACUACGCAGUUAUUUUUGGUAGUAAAAGGAAAAGAACUUAUAAAUCAAAACAGCCAUAUUUGGACGACGGUGACCUGAAUGGCUGGUACCGUUUCCAAGGGCAGGCAGGUACAAAAAUGGCCACUUCAUGUGUGCCUUUCAAAAGGUGCGGUGGACUGAGACCCGGCUGGCUCAAAGGCGGUCAUCCCAGCAAAGAAGAUGGAAGGGUGAACAGGAAGGUUUAUUUCCGCUCGUUUAAUAAUUGUGAAGAAGUAUUCAACGUCGUUAAAGUUAGAAACUGUGGUCCUUUCUUUGUCUACUUCAUACGCGGGACAGCACCAGGAACGUCAAAUCCCGAACGUUACUGUGGUUCCGAUUAAAAUCAAAUAGUUAUUUUGGGUAACCUGUGCCACGAACGCACGCUUACCAUUAUCGGAUGGUGGGGAGGGAGGGAGAGGGGACCUAUUUUUAGUAUUAAUCGCCUCCAAGACAAGAUGCCACGACUCAUUUUCUCGGUGCCACCAAAGGCGAGAAAUUAAAAAGUUUUUAUUUUGUGGACUUCAUUUCGGGUAAAAAUUGUGUCAUCGGGAGUAAGAGACCGGUCAUUAAGAUUUUUUUGGUUGUGUCAUCAUAAAAUUUACAUGAUCUCCCUUAAGUCUCUGUAAUGCUCUUAUGAUCCUCUUCAUUUGCAGUUAAUAGACAGUCCAUGUCCAAUAGUUCCCCCUUUAGAAGCUGUCGGCGACGAAUGACCACCCCCAUCCUCCCCCCCUUGAAAACCGUGUCAUUCCACUCAAAAAAAAUUAUCCACCGCCCCCCCCUUAGGCGACAAAUAAUGACCGCAGGAACUGGUUGUAUUCUGCCACUCACGAUUAUGAGCGUAAUUUUCUUUUUAAAAAGAAAUACAGCCCAAGUACGGAACCGAUCAGAACGAUGGAAUUUACCUCAGGAUUACCUUGCCAUAUAACUAUGAUAUAUAUAUAUAUAUAUAUAUAUAUAUGUAUAGUAUCGCGAUAUAGGAAGGCAAACAUUUAUCAAAUUUUUUCCGAAGUGAAUCAUUUCCUUAGCAUAUACCUCACAUGUUGAAUAACAAGUGAACAAAAAAUCACUUCAUUUUCGGUAAUAGAGUAUCGCCAUAUGGUCCGAAAUUAAAAUAGCGAAAAUAUCCAUCAGAAGCGGAAUUUCAGUUGCAAUGUCAGGAAAGAAAGUCCACGAAAAAACGAAACAAAUGUCAAUAACAAUGGUCAAUCAAGACAAAUCAUAUUUAAUUGUAUUGUAACUCAUAAAGCUGUAGGGAAGUUUGCUUAAACCCUUUACAUCCUAUCAUCAGUAUGCAUAUUCUCCAUACUGUUCUCUAUACAUUUCCAUGGUGCUGACAAGGAGAAUUUGUUUAACAAUCAAGAGCCUCUUUAGUUGGUGAUCAUCUCCUUUAUUCCCGUGACCCUCAUGUUUGAUUCAGGGUGAUAUUGUAAGGAGAAAUUAGAUGCUAGUCACUCUUCGGCUAGGGUCAAAGGGUUUAAAAUGAAUAGCAGUAAUGAGUGAAGGUAAAUCAACGAAACUCAUUGACACUGCAUUCAGAAGGUUACUCAGCACAUAGGCUUCGUCUAGCAUGAAUUGCAUACAAGAAAUGAAUUCCAUAAUUAAAAGAACUUGAUUUGUAAAUACCUUAAUUGAAAUAAAUCAAAAGCUUUACAAUUAUGCUUUCCUUUAAUCUUUAAGAUAUACACCGAAAGAAAAAUAGGUUUUUUAACAAUUUGUAAAAAAUUAAUCAGUAUUAUAAGAACUGUAUGGUUUAUAGACUGUUGGCGUUUAUAACGAUAAAGAGAAAACCAAAUAAUUACUUUUUCAAGUGUUAUAACAUUUUUAACAUUUUGGUGGCCUCUGCAUCGCAGAAGUCAGUAACUAACAAUCACAAAAAAGCGUAUUCUACUGAGGCAAAUUCAUGUCUCCUUUUAAACUGAAUAACGUGGCUCAGUAGAAAAUAAACAGGUGCAAUUGGAAUAAGUUCUUAUCAGCCAAGAUUUUGCUGACAAUACAAACAGAUUCCCAAAAGUUCAAAUUUCCAAUUUAUAAUCUCGUCUAUAAUGAAAAACGAAAACCUCGUUACAAAUAAUUAACACCCUUAUCAAAUUCUUGAUUUGGCUUAAUGACCAGCUGGAGUUAAAGAUAAGUUUUUUUCUGUUUUAUUCUGCUUGUUGCAUCACAUAAUACCGACAUUUGGGGAGUUAUCUUGAUGGAGUAAACUUCACAAAAAAACCCAAUGAAUCGCCAAGAAAAUCUUAUCAUCUACAUGCUGUUUAUGGGGUCUUUGAUGUUGCAAAGAAUUGUAAGCCAGCAUUGUAAAGGCGACAUUUACUCUGAUUAUCAAAUGAUGCUCAAAGGCCACACGUACAAGACUAUUAAAGUUCGACGAGGUUCGCUUGACUGCAGACAAGCCUGUCUCGCUGACACCAGAUGCCGAAGCUACAACGUGCUCUUUUUCCAACAGAUAUGUGAGUUAACUAACAGUACCAAAGAAGCCAGCCCAGAUGAUUUUGUGCAGAAUAACGAAAGAUAUCACAUGGCAAAAAGUGGUAAGAAUCCAUGACUCUUAUUGUGAAUGGUACGAGAAGAAUGAAACAAUUGCGGGACUGGCAAAUUCAGUGUGCGGGGAGAAUGUACAUUUUGCAGGAUUGCGUAACCUUUCUUCAAAUAAAUCAUUGCAGAAUGAUAAUGAUUGUUUGCAACCAGUUCACUCACAAUUCUGAUUGUUUUGUUAAAAAUUUUGAUUGUUUGCAAAUUUUUCUUUGCCAUGUAAUCGCCGUUUUAAUCUGAAAUAUGAUUCACUCAUCAAUUCUAUAUUUUGUGCGGGUGGGGAGACGUGAUUGUUUUUGUUAAAUUAACUAUUUAAUUAAACUGUUAACAAUCAAACAGUUAUUAAAUGUCAGCAAACCUGCUAUAAAAGCUAAACUUGGCGGACAGCAGAAGGGAAACUAAUUGACGCAUUAUUUUUAUUGUAUUUCUAGUAUUAGAAGAUUUCUGCAUAAAACAUCGAUGUCAAAACAAUGCCACAUGCCUGAACGGAAAAGUGAACUAUACGUGUGUGUGCAAUUCAUCGAGAUGGACGGGAACCUACUGUGAAGGUAAAACUCAACUAGGUUAGCAUAUCAAAGCGCGAGAGAAAGUGUUCUGAUUUAGUUUACUUUCAUUUAUCCGAGUUAUUCUGUGCUGUAUUACCACGUGUGAAUCUUGUACCUUAGAUAUGGAUGAAUGCGCCGCAGGGUUUCAUAACUGCCACAGAGACGCGAUCUGUGAAAACACCGCAGGGUCGUUUAGAUGCAAGUGCAAGCCAGGCUUCGACUGCACCCACGAAGGCAAGUAAAAGUAAUAGUACCGGUAAGAGCUUACUUAAAAGAACCGCAUCUGUGGAUAAAUAAAAACUACGGAAGAAUGGAAUCUAAACUCGAUAAACAACCGCUGUUCGGGAAAUGAGCCCGCGCUCUUCAUUUUGGGCAAAAGGGACUGGACCCUAGAGAGCGGUGAAAAAGUCUCAGACAUCUUUUGCUUUUCGCGCCGGUGAUUGGCGCUGCUAAUCUGGUAACUUGUUUCUUUGUCCCAGAGGUGGUAAGACGAAUAAAAUCUUUCUUAAUAAGCAAAUAUUUUUUUUAUUAGAAUGUCUCCACUAUGUGACAUUGCAAAACGCUGAUAGAAAAGCAACAUACGUUGCCUCUCAACAACCGUUCUUGUGUGAUUAUGACCUCGACGCAAUGUGGUAUCGUUUCGAAGGAGCAGCGGGAACAAAGAUGCCUACCACAUGUGUAGGACCCAGCAGCUGCGGUGCUACCAGACCAGGUUGGAUGAACGGUGCUCAUCCCACUGUUGAAGACGGCAGAGUCAACCGGGAAGUUUGCUUCAGGAGUUGGCACGAAUGUUGUAAAUAUACAAAGUCGAUUAUGGUGAGAAACUGCAGUUCUUUUUAUGUUUACCAUCUGGAUCGCAUAGCGACCAACUGUUCCGAAGCCUACUGCGCUACUGACUGA